UGGAGAUGCUGAAGCGGGAGGGUAUGAUUGCUAAUGCAAUGGAGGCUGAGAGAUUGGCCAAGGUUGCUGCUGCUGUAGCAGACGCUGAGUAUGCCGCCUGGAAGGAGGCCCUGAUUGCUGCAGCUCUGGAGGCCGAGAGAGUGUCUGCAUACUUAAAGAAUAACGCCGGGACGCCUGCAGCGUUGGAGGCCCACAGAUUAGCUGCAGCUGCCACGAAGAAGGCCCAUUCUGCUGCUGCAGCACUUGAGGCCGAGAGAGUAGCUGCAGCUGUUGCCAUGGUGAAGGCCCAGUCUGCUGCAGCACUAGAUGCUGAGAAGGUGUCUGCAGCUGAUGCUAACUUGUCCAAUGACGAAGAUGCUGCAGCUGCUGUUGCAGCCUCCAAAGUCAAGACCGUUCCAGUCAAACAGGACAAGCCCAAGAAGAAGGGCAUGUUCGGAGGCAUGAAGACUGGCUUCAUGCUGUAAAAGCUGCAUUCUUAUUGGUCUUCGGCCGUCUACGUCAUUCCUGCAUGAUCCACGCCCAUGUCUCCCACUAACGACCUUGGCCCUGACUGAAAUCGAAACGCCCGAUGAACUUUUUGCUCUGUGUAUAGAAACCUUCUGAUCAACUUCAGAAGAGAUGCGUUAAAUUAGAGGCUGAUGGGUAAACAGUUUAACAUAUUAUUCGGAUAUCCAUAAAUGUACGUGUAAUUAUCGUUUUUACAUCUUGAUUAUCAUGUUGAUUUACUGUCUGAUAUAUAGUGAUGACAAAUACCCAGAACAGCAGGAACACUGACCUACUGUGACGGGAUUGUGCGGAAGUGUUGUGUCACAAUUUCCAUGUGUUGUUGACAGUCCAGGUCGGACUAAAUCGUGCUAAAGAUGUACAGACUAUGUGGUUCAAUACCGGCGUCAUA